CAGCGCUGCCCUCAGCCAAGAUGGCGGCGGCGCGCGGCUCUCGCGAGGCGGGCGGGGCGCGCGGGCUCUGAUGGCGGCGGGGCCGCCCCUCACGGCGGGGCCGGGCGGCCAUGGAGCACAUCAGCACCCCCAAGGUGGAAAACGUGAAGCUGCUGGAUCGCUACAGCAACAGGAAGGCAGCGAGCGGGACCCUGUACCUGACAGCCACACACCUGAUCUACGUGGAUGCCUCUGCUGAAGUCAGGAAGGAAACAUGGAUCCUGCACCACCACAUCUCCAGUGUGGAGAAGCUGCCCCUGACCACAGCUGGGUACCCCCUGCUCAUCCACUGCAAAAACUUCCACGUGGCUCACUUUGUGAUUGGGCAGGAGAGGGACUGCCAGGAUGUGUUCACCUCCCUGCUCAAGCUCUCCCAGCCAGUGAAACCAGAAGAACUUUAUGCUUUCUCUUACAACCCUAAAAUGUCCAAGGAGAGCCGGGAGAUGGGAUGGAAGCUGAUUGAUUUGAGACUGGAUUACCAGCGCAUGGGGAUUCCCAACAACUCCUGGGAAAUUACAGAUAUUAAUAAGGACUAUGAGGUUUGCAGCACAUACCCUCCUGAGAUCGUGGUGCCCCGAGCUGCCACCAGGGCCGUGGUGAUGGGAAGUUCAAGGUUCAGGAGCCGAGGGCGGAUUCCUGUCCUUUCUUACUUGUACAAGGAAAACAAUGCUGCCCUGUGCCGCUGCAGCCAGCCCCUGGCCGGGUUCAGCGCGCGCUGCCUGGAGGACGAGCAGAUGCUCCAGGCCAUCCGAGAGGCCAACCCCGGCUGCCCCUUCAUGUAUGUUGUAGACACGAGGCCAAAGUUGAAUGCCAUGGCCAACAGAGCUGCUGGGAAGGGCUAUGAGAAUGAAGAUAAUUAUGAAAAUAUUCGUUUUAAAUUCAUUGGCAUAGAGAACAUCCAUGUGAUGAGGAGCAGCCUGCAGAAACUGCUGGAAGUGUGUGAGAUGAAAUCUCCCUCCAUGAGUGAUUUCCUGACCGGGCUGGAGAACUCGGGCUGGCUCAGGCACAUCAAGGCUGUGAUGGAUGCAGGUGUCUUCCUGGCCAAGGCUGUGAGGGAGGAGAGGGCCAGCGUGCUGGUGCACUGCUCCGACGGCUGGGACCGCACGGCCCAGGUCUGCUCCCUGGCCAGCCUCCUGCUGGACCCCUUCUACAGGACCUUCAAAGGCUUCAUGGUCCUGAUAGAAAAGGAGUGGAUUGCAAUGGGCCACAAGUUCUCCCACAGGUGUGGCCACCUGGAUGGGGACCCCAAAGAGGUGUCCCCUGUGUUCACACAGUUUGUGGAGUGUGUGUGGCAGCUGAUGCAGCAGUUCCCCUGCUCCUUCGAGUUCAGUGAGCGUUUCCUGCUGGAGAUCCACGACCACGUCUUCUCCUGCCAGUUUGGGAACUUCCUGGGCACCUGCCACAGGGACAGGGAGGAGCUCAGGAUCUUUGAGAAGACCCAUUCCCUGUGGCCUUUCCUCUUGCAGAGGAAGCAGGAGCUGAGAAAUCCUUUGUACAGAGGGUUUGCAGCUUACAAAGAGCUUCAACCCAACACUCUUCCUUUCAGUUUCCAGUUCUGGUGUGGCAUGUACAACCGUUUUGACAAGGGCAUGCACCCCAAGCAGUGUGUGCUGGAUCAGCUGCUCAGCUGCACCAGCCAGAAGGUGACACUGGAGGACAGAGCAUCCCAGCUGGAAAAUAAACUCCCCAUCCUCGAUGACCCCCUGCCCAGCAAAGGCUGCACCUCACCCCAGGCAGGAGCUGCUGCCAGAGCCUCACCUGCUCCCCAGGACUGUGCAGGGGGAGCAGCCCCUGUGCUGAGCAAUGGCCCCUCCCUGGGACACCAGAAGCACCAGGAGGGCCCAGCCCAGCCCCAGGAUCUCAGGGAGGAGGAUGGAGCUCAGCACCAGGGAUGAGCUCUGGGAGCUGCUGGGAGAAGCUGAGGGGAGCUGCUGCAGCCCCCAUGGGCAGCUGAGUGUGAGUAGGGGGGUGCAGGGCUCCUGGGGGACCCCCAGGUGGUGCAGAGCUGCCAGCAGCCUGCCUGGCACUCCUGGGAGCUUGGCUUCCAGUGGGAGCACGUGCAUUUCUGAGGGUUAGGGCUGCCUGCCAGCACUGCUGCUUCAGGCUGCAGGAAUUCUUGCCAAUUCCAUGAGGAGCUGGGCAGUGAGUGCAGCAGGAAGGGUGCAAAUCCCUCUGCUCUCAGUGGUGGUCCAAGGUCAUCUGAAAACAAGAAAAAACUGCAAUCUGUCUUCAAAUGAUAAAAACCCCCCCAACCUUUCCUAGCUGUGGAUGAACCUCUGCAUGGACCCUUGCCUUGUAGCAGAAGUGAUUCAUGUUUUGUUUCCUAUGCAUAUUUGUCACACAGAACCAAACCCUGUGCCUUCUCUGAGACUGUGUCUGUGUCCAGCCAGGCCACUCUGGUUUUGUGGUGGAGUUUGCAGUGUGCUCUUGGCUCCUGUCUGUGGUCAGUGUUUGUGAGGAGCUUUUCUCCUGCUGCAGCUGCUCCUGGGUUUUUGCUUCUUUCCAAGCUGAGCUCUUGGAGAAGCAGCUUUGAUGGAUUUCCUUUAUUGAUGGGAGUGCAGCAAGCCCCAGAGCCAGCCUGGAACAUGUGGAUUUGUGUUGAGAGGGAGGAUUGGAAAUGAGGAAAGACAGGAAAACAUUGAUGGGGAAUUUUUCUCUCUUACUUUAUGAUCUUGGUUAAACUGAAGCAAGAAAAUAAUCCUGUUCCAAGCUGGAAUCAUUGAUGAGACAGCAAUUACAGACAGGCUGUGUUCUGGGAUUAAAAUGGGGCCUAAAAUGCUGAAAUCACUUCCUGAGUAAUUCUAGGGAAUGUUCAAAUUCCCAGAAAUUUAGGGAUGUUUUGUCUGUCUCAUGAACAGUAUCUCAUGGCAGUGAACUUGGGAAGAAACAGAAGAAACAAAUUCUCUCCCCAGGGAUUGGGUGUCACAAAUGAGUGUUUGAAGUUCACCCAGAAAAUCCUUGGGAGAGGCAUCAGCAAAAACAGGUUUGAUAUAAAAAAAUGUGACCAAAUUCAUUGGCAAGGUUCACUCUGUUACUUAUUAAAUGGUUAAAGCACACAGAAAAAAAAACUAAAAUAGAAAAUCAAGCUAUGUAAAACUAAAAUCAACCCUUGUGGGGCUGGAGGUGGAAAAGGAUGAAAGAGAGUGAGGGAGAUUCUCCUGUUGAGUCACAAGGUUCAGAGUGCAGCAUCCUGCCAGACUGAGCCCUGCAAUGAUCAGCACUUCAGGCCUAAACAAAAAAUCAGCAGGUAAGGAAUUGAACAAUUGAAAAUGCAGAAUUUCCUGUAAGCACAACAGGAGCUCCCUUAGAGGUUGAAUUUACCAAUCCAGAUAAUCCAGGAGAGCAGCACUGCCAGUGCAAGGACAGCUCCAGGUGUAACCCUGGGAAAAAUUCCUUAAAAAAAUAUUUCUAGAGAUUUGCUGUGGUCAGAGUCACUUCCCAGCCUGGCUGCAGUAUCUUCCUUUGAAAGGUCAAGAUCAAAAAUGUUCCACACCAGAAAGUGCAAUAAUUGUGUUAAUGUGCUUUUAACCCAUCACUGGGUAGAUCCAGUGUCCAAAAACCAACCAAAACUUCCUGAGUGGCUCAUUCUGGGUAAUUUAUAAAUUAGAAAUUUUUUAAAGCACAUGAAAGCUCCAAGGAAAAAGAGAGCACAGAGUUUCCCCUCUGCCUGGAAUGGCAAAGAAGAAGUUUUUUAUUAUUGAGGGUUUGUCAAACUUGUCAAGGAGCUACAAGAGGGAUGGAUUAAAAAUUACACCCUGGAAAUGCUGCUUCAGGUGUGACUGAGGAUCAGCCCUGUCUUGUUUUUCCAGGGAUAAUAGGCAACAUCCAUCCCCAAAUCUGAGGGAAAAUGGGACAUGAGGCCAAGAAAGGCAGUUUUUAGGACCAGUUAUUUUAAUAUCUUUAAUAAAUUCUCUAAUUGUCAUUAGAGAUCCAAAACUGGAGAGGAUUUUGUUGGACCACUGAAGGAUUUAGAGAUGCCAUUGGUUAAUUAUUGUACAAAUCCAGCUUGCAGAAAACUCCUGGAAAUAUUUGUGUGUUGCUUUGUCUUUGGAAUUGUCAUUGGAGGAGUUGAAUAAUCUUCUCUUGUCCCUAAAAAUGUCCAAAAACCUCAAUGUUACUACAAGUGUGUACAAGUACUCAGUGUUGUAAGCUUGGAGUAAUCUCACUGGUUUUAACCCCAGUGGCCAAACAGAGCCAAACCCCAAAAUCAAUGUUUUUGAAACCUCUUGGAUUUGUGUGUGCAGGCUCAGGCAGAGGCUGCAGUGGGACUUGAAAUGUCUUCAAUGUGAAUUUUGUGCUGUGGGUUCUUAAAUUGGGGUUUUUUUAUUGCAGCUCUCACCUGUGGGAGAGGAAAUCCAGUUGGUGCUGUUUGCUCUGCAGGGAAAAAGUGGGAAUAGUUGAGUUGUCCAUAGUUUUACUUCUCCAUGGCCUCUUUAGGGGUGAGGAAAAGCAAUUUGUGAAAAGCUUUGAGCUCUGAUUUACUCUUGUUGUGUUCCUGUGCUUAGUGAUUGCCUUUCCAAGUUCCAGGAACUUAUUUUAUUCCUUGGAAUAAAAAUUAACCAGCUGUGAUGCAGAGGUCACUGGGAUGGAGGAGGAGAUGCUCCAAAGGUGUUUUCCUGCUCCCUGCCUGGUGCUGGGGUUAUUUUUUGGGGACCUCUCCCUGCUGUUCCUGGUUUCCAUCCCUCCCUGAGGGAAUAACCUGCUCUGAAUGUCCCAUUUCUGUUUUAAUUAGCAGCCAGCACCUCAUUAAUUAGCUGAGGAAGCAGGGGAUGGUAAAACCUGUGCUGGGCCAUUCAUUAGGGCAGCUUUGCUAAUGACAUUAAUUAAUUAAUGUGCCCACCCUGGGAGCUGCAGGCUUGUUUUUAUAUCAUUUUAUAUCAUUCCUCUAUUUCCAUGGAUUCAAUUGAAAACUCCUGGAGUAACUCAGCACUGGGUUUUCCUUGGCAUCCCCACCCCAAUCCUUGCAGGAACCAUGUCCUGGAGCUGGUCUUGUCUAGAGGAGAAUUGUGUCUCUUGUCUCUCCUGGAUUGCAGGUGUUUUUAUUCCCUACCAAAAUAAACAUUUUGCCUUUUUAAA